ACAGCCUUCAUCUAGCGGAAGAUAUAAAUUCAACCCAUGCAUGAUCGAUGCCCUUGAUAUUUUCUUGAUCCACCGGAACUAUCACAGAACGACAGACCUAAUGACUAUGGCGGAUGGCGGUUAUGACCCAAUGGGGCACAUCCAAACGGGUCGUCCGCACACGUAUUACUUGUACCAAGCGGCAGCCGCUGCCCUGGAACAGCACCACCAGCAGCAGCAGCAGCAUCAUCAACAACAGCAGCACCAGGAGCAAUCAUCGCAGGAGCAGAUUGCGUCUCGCUCCCGCCCUGCCUCAGACGAUGGGCAUGAAAACAACAACAAUCUACCAGCAGCAGCCAACAACAAUCUGUUCCGUUCGGAGCAGAAGAAGCACAAGCGGAAACGGCUGUCUGCAGUGUUGGACAAACUGCACAAUGGUAGCGGUACGGUGGUAAAUCACAACAACAAUAACGUCGGGGAAGCGCAAAAUUUCAAGGUCAAGUGUACCGACUCGCGCUCCAGUGCUGAAGACUCUGCCGAAGAUGUGUUCCCAUAUUCCGCUAGUCCUCGCAUCAGCAUUAGCCCUUUGCGGUUAAGUGAAGUCGAUGAGAACAAUCCGCUGCAGCAGAGGACGUCGCUCCAGCAGCAAGCACUACCUCAUGAUCAACAGCUGCCAUCACCCUCGCAGAUUUCUCGCCAAACCAAGCUAGAUUCUCCACAGCAACAAAUGGUACCGUUGCAACCAUCACAGAUCAAGCAGGAAGGCCAGCAGUACCUGUACAAGCAGCUUGAGUACUUCAACCCACUCGCGCUGUUCAACUAUCUGCCCGAACCGACCAAACUGCUCUACCAAGAGUUUGCCCGUCAACGCAGCCAUUCCGAUUCAUAUCUGCAGCUCCAGCAGCUCCAGCAACAAGAUCAACAGCAGCAACCGCUUCCCCAAGUAAAUCCUCCGAAGAAAAAGAAAUCUAGCCAUUCGGGUCGAGCAUCCCAGCGUCCUCCAACGACCAGCAGCCGUAGCAGUAACGCCAGUAGCAGCAGUGGUCACCAUGACCCGCAGGAACAACCGCUAGACUUGUCGAUGAAGUCGCCACCACUGCUCGAAUCGCCUAGUCUGUUCGUUUCCACUGUGAUCAAGAAAGAGCCACGGCUGGCCGAUAGCCCACCACCGGACUCACCUUUGACACCCGCCUCUAUAGGUCCAUCGAAGCUGGUCUUGAAACGUGAAGACUUGCCCGACAUACGACGGUCGCCCGCCUUCGAGCAGCUCAAUGGCCAUGCGCCGCCUGGUUUCAAUUUAAACGUUUCGCCCGUUGUUGAGGAGAUGCCACCUGGCUCGGACGUCGCUUACAUGUGUCCCGUGUGUGGUCAGCUAUUUUCUCUACAGGACCGGCUAGCGAAGCAUAUGGCUUCGCGGCAUAAGAGCCGUACUGGUGCGACAGACAUCACCAAAUCCUACAUGUGCGAAGUUUGCCAGCGCUCUUUUGCCCGUUCGGAUAUGCUGACCCGUCAUAUGCGUCUUCAUACAGGAGUUAAACCAUACUCCUGCAAGGUGUGUGGACAGAUUUUCUCUCGCUCGGAUCAUCUAUCAACGCAUCAGCGAACGCACACCGGAGAAAAACCCUACAAGUGUCCGCAAUGCCCGUACGCUGCCUGUCGCCGUGACAUGAUCACCCGCCAUAUGCGCACCCACACUCGCUACGAAUCGCAACGCGGCGGUAGCAAUGGUGGAGGCUCGAGCGGUGGCAGCACUAGCCCGUCCAUGGAUCAGAAACCGAUUCUGUUGCCGUUGGUCGGUCUAAGCACGGGCCGUGCCAUCAAAAAGGAGGCUGGGUUCGGAGGCGUCGGCGGCGGUUUCGUUCUAGAAGCAAAGACUGAAUCGUGAGGUUGCAGGCGAAACUUCAAGGCUCACUUUGAGUGACUGGUGGUGUAGUUCCAACGGUAGACGGUAGUUCCUCGUAA